ACAUUGUAUAUGGCCAUAAAUCCUGUAUUUCUGCUGAUAACAACACACACCACAGCUGGCUUCCUCGAGGUUCCCGCUCGGCGGCUCGAACAAACCAGUGACAUCACAACCAGUCACAGAGCCUUUCGCAGUCACGUGAUUUUUUAGCUACUUUAACCUUUAUUUUUUGCACUUUUUGCCCAAUUUAUUUAAGAAUAUCGUUACCAUAGUAAAUUUAAGCGUCUUCUAAACCCAUUGACCUGCCAUCUUACGAAAAAUUUCUAACCGACAACUCGUUUAUUCAAUCAAUCAAUAAAGGCUAGUGACGGGGGAAGGAGGUUCAGUGGAAGUUUAAAGGGGAUGAUGGAAGGGAAUUUUAGUGAGAGAAAAAAGGUGCCGUGGCUUAACCCAGCUUGCGUGUGGGCAAUGAGGCAGUGCCGUGAUUGGUAAAGGGAGCUACACCACGCUCGGACUCAGCGGCAGGGGGCGGUGACCAGGAGAUAAGUGGCUCCAGGCAUCGGUCAAGUCGGUCAACGGACUGUAUCACUGUUUGGAAGACCGUCAUCGCCGCGGGUGCAGCGCGAACCCAAAAAGCGAACAGGGGGGCGCGCAAAACCAAAAGAAAACUGCACGUAAAGGUGGGUUAGUUGUGGGGUUGUUUUGGGGAAAGGUGAAGGUAAAGUCUUUGAGCUUUGUCAAAGAUGAACGGAGCGAGAUGAAGGAAGAUUUUUGAGUCUUUGAUCUUAAAAUGUCGAAGUACUCAUAGCAUGGAAGGAUGAGCUUAUCAUUGGAGAGGCUUUUAGAUGAGAGUAGAAGAAAGAUUUUGAGCUUUUUUGUCAAAUUUGGAGUGGAGGUUAAGAGGAGAGUUAGGAUUUUAUUUUGUAUUAUUUAUUUAUUUAUUUAUUUGUUUUUUGAGUUGUUGGGUUGGGUUGUUUGUCUAUUUGGAGGGGAUUUUUGGGUUUGGUCAGCUGGAACUCUCGCGUAGGUUUGCUUUUAGUUCAUAAAAUUUCCUUUCAUCUAUUAUUUAAUUCUUCCGUUUCCAUUCAUGUACCCAAAUCUAUUACGGGCUGUAGAACGUGGUCCAGAUCCGCGUAACAAUAGUAAUUAGUUUUUAUUCCCUGACAGUGUGAGAUAAAAAAUGUUUACAAUUAUGAGACCAGCGGUGAGAGUGUGGGGGGUGGCAUCAAGCACUCCUCCACCAUCUACGCGGAGGUCUUUCUACUUGGCGAGGACAUUAGGCUCGUAUAACAGUAUCCCGUCCUUCCCGCCCACUUCUACAUCAUUAUCAAGCGUGGAUGUGAGGGAGCUGAGCGAGAAGGCCAGAUGGUUGGGGCUGCUAAACCUCAAUUCUCGCCUGUACUUCGAGGCACACAAGGUGGGCGUAAAACACUCUAGUAUGUUGAACAACAUAAUCACGGCACGACCUAUCCACCACCAGAACAUGAUCGAUACCCUCUUUCAUCUCUGCAAGAAGAUACCCAUCCUGAGGGUGAACAUAAAGCCACGAGGCGGACAACCCUGGUACUACGAAGACGAACACAUCAACUUAGAUUUUCAGGUUUUAGAGGAAGGAGCCAACCCUUCAGAAGAGUUUCAAAAGCUCAGCAAAGAAGGCUUGGGGACAGAGGAUGCCCCCUUGAUGAAAGUUCGGAUGAUCCCUGGGGUGACGGACGCCUCCUGCGCCUUCCCCGAGUAUAACAAAGACUUCCCCCAUCAAUACGCCAUCAUCUUUUUCGUGCACCACUCCAUCAUGGACGGUACCAGUUUGGCCUACAUGUUACAGGCGUUUGUGGAAGUACUUGACAGUGUUUUGCGUGGCCAGAGUGUUGACAAUACCAAACAAAUAGGAGUAUUUGUUUCACACCAGGAGAUCACAGAAAAAGAACUGCUGAUUGAGAAGAUGUUGAACAAUGAUCAAGGACGAUUGAGGGAGUUGAAACAAGAAGUUCUAGCAUGCACCAAAUCGCCUGAAAUAUUAAGAGGUUAUCCUGCGCCUGGGGGACCUAACCCGACCAGUCACUUUCUUCACCGCGAGAUUCAGCCAGAAAGGUUCCACAAGAUCUACCUCCGGUGUAAGCAACACGGUGUAACCAUUAACACUGCCUUGCAGGCUACUGUAAACACCGCUAUAGUCGAACUACUGAAGGAGGCGGGAAUCCAUGAUGAAGACUUCAAUAUCAGUGUCUCCAAUAAUACCAGCCUGCGGCGAUACAUGGCAAAGCGCCCUUCACCAAUACUUGGGGUACACGUGUACCACACCACGCAACUUGUCAAUGUUAAUCGAAAUGUGAAGGACAGUUUCUGGAACUUUGCUAAAAUAAUUGGCAGUGACCUGAAAACUCUCCUUACUUCAGAGGCGUCGCUGGUACAGAGUGUGGUGCGGAGGAUGACGCUGCCGCCCAUCGACCCGACUACUUACUUCAGGACUCCUCCACCCUUGACAAGCGACUACCUCCUUACCAACAUGGGAGAUGUGUCUGCCAUGGUUGGUGGUGAUACUCACAGUGUCCGUGUCACAGGCAUAUAUAAUGUUAGUGAAAUGCACAGCUCGUCAGUUAUGUGUUUUCACUCUACUCACACAUUCCGUGGUCGGCUGUUCUACACGCUUUCUUACGCCUCCAACUACAUAACGCACGACACAGCAGAGAGGCUGGUCAACAUGAUCUUCACCAUCCUCGACGAAGUUAGUGAAUAAUGCCUCCAAAAUGCAUGAUGCGAAGCCCUGUUCUACCCAACAUUACCAGGUGUUAUUGACUGUAAGAAGUAUACCCUCUAUUGUCUUAUAUCUCUGUUAUUUAUUAUGAGAGAAAGAGAGUUCAACAAGCCAGCCAGCCUGAACCCUAGUGCGCGCGACAGACAGGUUCAGGGGGACAGGAGUAGAUUUACCUUUACGGUUAAUGCUUUUCUGUUCAUAGCUUCUUCCGUCCUUUCUUUAGUUUGUUCCAUCCUUUCUUUAGUUUGUGCAAUCCUUUUUUAAUUUGUUCCAUCAUUUCUUUACUUUGUUUCAUCCUUUCAUUAGUUUGUCCCAUCCUUUCUUUUGUUUCAUCCAUCCUUUCUUUAGUUUGGUCCAUCUUUUCUUUAGUUUGUUCCAUCCUUUCUUUAAUUUGUUCCAUCCUUUCUUUAGUUUGCUUCAUCCGUUCUUUACUUUGUUCCAUCCUUUCUUUAGUUUGUGCAAUCCUUUUUUAAUUUGUUCCAUCCUUUCUUUAGUUUGUUCCAUCCUUUCUUUAGUUUGUCCCAUCCUUUGCUUCGUUUGUUCCAUCCUCUCUUUAGUUUGGAUAAGUUUAGGUUUAGGAGGGAGAUAGGAAGAAACUGGUUCACAAAUAGGGUGGUGGACGAGUGGAACAA